CCUCACUUCCGCAAAUAAGCGUCAGUACAGCUUAAUUAUUAUUAUUUUUUUAGCGUCAGUGCAGCUGAGUGUGGCCGCUUCAGCAGAAAGUGAACACACGGACGGACAUCCCGCCACCGACCCGUGUGGCCCGGUGAAACCGUCAGCCCAGAACCGUCAACGACACCGGAAACAGAGCUAGCUACAUUAACAGCAACGGCGGCACUGGCAACUCUGCCCCCCCCUGCCCCUGUCCCCUGCCCUGGCUUCGGACUGAGGUUCAUCCCUCCACCCCGCAACCCUCGCCACAGACUCAAGGCGUGUGCAUCAUGGUGGAUGCAACCAAAUGGCCCAUUUUCAGCCUGUUAGGGCCCCAGGAGCUGUCCACCAUACGAAAAGCAUGUGUGUUUGGAACGUCUGCUAAUGAGGCCAUCUACAUCACCAACGAUGAUGAGGUGUAUGUGUUUGGGUUGAACUGCAGUAACUGCCUGGGAACAGGGGACAGCCAGAGCACCAUUGUACCCAAGAAGCUGGACUUCCUGAGUGGGAGGAAGGUGGUCAGCCUGAGCUACGGCUGUGGACCCCACAUCCUGCUGGCCACAGAGGAUGGGGAGCUAUUUGCCUGGGGUCAUAAUGGUUACAGCCAACUGGGAAAUGGAACAACCAACCAAGGAGUAGUUCCAGUCCUUGUGUCUGCCAACCUGCUCAAUAAGAAGGUGACAGAGGUAGCCUGUGGCUCUCACCACUCAAUGGCUCUGACCGACUCAGGAGAAGUGUACGCAUGGGGCUACAACAACUGUGGUCAGGUGGGUUCAGGCUCCACAGCAAACCAGCCCACACCCCGCAGAGUGUCGAGCUGCCUGCAGAACAAAGUGGCUGUCGGUAUCGUCUGUGGGCAGACCUCGUCUCUGGCAGUAGUGGACAAUGGAGAGGUGUACGGUUGGGGCUACAAUGGGAACGGACAACUGGGACUUGGAAAUAAUGGGAACCAACUCACUCCCUGUCGCCUUGUAGCUCUGCAGGGUUUAUGUGUUCAACAGAUUGUCUCAGGCUAUGCCCACUCCCUGGCACUAACAGACGAGGGGUUGCUGUUCACUUGGGGUGCCAACACAUAUGGACAACUGGGUACCGGCAACAAGAGCAACCAGCUGAGCCCAGUUCAGAUCAUGACUGAGAAAGAGAGGGUUGUGGAGAUUGGUGCCUGUCACUCCACACAUACGUCAGCUGCCAAGACUCAGAGUGGUCAGGUGUACAUGUGGGGCCAGUGCAGGGGCCAGUCCGUAGUACUGCCUCACCUCACGCACUUCGCCUGUACCGACGAUGUCUUUGCAUGCUUCGCCUCCCCCUCGGUCAUGUGGAGGCUUCUUUCCAUGGAGCAUGAUGACUUCUUGACCGUGGCUCAGUCGCUGAAGAAAGAGUUUGACAACCCAGAGACAGCUGACCUCAAGUUCUGCGUUGACGGCAAAUAUAUCUAUGUCCACAAAGCGGUUCUCAAAAUCAGGUGUGAACACUUCAGAUCCAUGUUCCAGUCCCACUGGAACGAAGACAUGAAGGAAGUGAUUGAAAUAGACCAGUUCUCCUACCCAGUGUACCGCUCCUUCCUAGAGUUCCUUUACACAGACAAUGUGGAGCUGCCUCCUGAGGAUGCUAUUGGUCAGAACCACACACACACACACACGCACACACGCCACAGCCUGAUCCUUACUGACAUUUGUUUGUAUGUAGGUUGUAAAUGCUGUAAAAGUGUUAUCUGUGUCUCUGCUCUGUCAGGGCUGCUGGACCUGGCCACGUCCUAUUGUGAGAACCGGCUGAAACGUUUAUGUCAACAUAUUAUAAAGAGAGGAAUCACCGUUGAAAACGCCUUCUCUUUGCUCUCAGCGGCUGUGCGCUAUGAUGCAGAGGACCUGGAAGAGUUCUGCUUUAAGUUCUGUGUGAAUCACCUGACUGAGGUGACCCAGACCGCCGCUUUCUGGCAGAUUGAUGGCAACCUGCUCAAAGAUUUCAUAUGUCGAGCCAGCCGCUGCGGAGCCUUCAAAAACUGACCUCAACCCGAGAUCAUUAGAGACACAGAAGGCUGCUGUAACGACUCCGGGUCGCUCCCAGUCGGCUCCGGGAGCCUUUACUGACAGGUGGUAAACAAACUAUGUCUUUAGGAUUAUCACAUCACUGUCAAAUCUGUUGUUCAUCUCAUUCCAGACUAGGGUGUCCAUUACGUGAGCUGUUCAUGCCGAUAUUAAAAGGCUGAGCUGACACCCUACAGUCCAGUGACAGUAGUGGUUUGCCACAGUGCCUGACUGCCUGUUCAUUUACACUGGUGUAAAGCAGGACUUAAAAUGCAUUGAGAGGCAUAGUAUCGCUUGAUGAAGUUGUUUCUAUUAACUUGAAAUAUUCUUGCCAGUCACCUGAUAUCACUUUUUUUCUAUUAAUCUGUUUAAUUGACCAAGAGACAACUUCAAGUGAAGUUGUUGCACUUGUUGGAAAUAUGUUUUUUCCCCUCUUUACUAGAAGACUGCAUUAUAGUUGGGAUGUACCAUCUGGAAUCAUGGUUUUCAGGUUGCGGUAGAAGGCUUUUUGCACUUUUAGAUUCCAGAAUUGAACAAAAGUUUUUAAGACUGGACACUGACAUAUCAAGAAUGCAGAUUCCCCUUUUAUUUAGUCUGUUGAGGUGAAGCUCCAGUCUGCGAUUAUUAGUCCUAGUGGCUGAGGUGUGAUCUUCUGUCUAGGCUGUAAGAAGACUCAAAAAGGGGAACUCAGGUUACGAGUGAGAUUCAGUCAAACUGUUACAAUUGUGAAAAUGAUGCCGCUACAUUUAUGGAUUCCAUAGGUUGGGAAGUGUUAUUUUGUGCAGCUACAACUCAAUAAAAGUUUCUUUAAUUUGUC